AAAUUCAAGGGGGCGUCAGAAACAAUGGCAAAUUUUGUACCUCAACAUGUUGUGGUCGUCAUAAAGGAUAAGGGAGGAGUCACAGAACAACACGAGCUACAAGACAUUGCCAGCGUUAGUUACAACCAAGAUGAAUUCUCACAAGUUGCCUACUUGGCCAUCAAUGGCAUGACCUGUCAGUCUUGUGUCAAAAGUAUUGAAAAAGCCAUGGMACAAACAGAUGGAACAGGUCAAGUUAUGGUUUCUUUAGAAGAAAAGGAAGCUCAAAUAAAAUACAAUCCCAAAGUAACAAAUGGUAAACAGUUAGCUCAAGUCAUUGAAGGCAUUGGUUUUGAGGCUACAUUAAAAAGGGUGGUUGAUAUYUUAACCAAGGAUGAGYUGCAUAAGAAUCAGAGUCUAAUSCCAGAAAGCACUGACAUUGAGAUCACUGUCCUUGGCAUGACUUGCCAAUCUUGUGUAAAGUCUAUAACCAAAGCUUUAGACAAUGUAAGCGGUGUACUAGAAGCUAAUGUUUCRCUUGAAAAUGAAAAGGCAACAAUAAAAUAUGACAGUUCACUUACAACACCAGAAAAACUUAGAGAGAUUAUUGAAGACAUUGGGUUUGAAGCGAUUCUCCCAAGAGAGGGUUCUCAGGUUUGUAAUGCAACAGUGAACAUYGAAGGAAUGACUUGUAAUUCUUGUGUUAAAAAUAUYGAGGGGAACAUUGGCMASAGAACUGGUGUUCAAAGUAUCCAUGUCUCUCUGGARAAGAAACAAGCAGAAAUUUCAUACUCUCCUGAAAAGGUAACUACAGARCAGCUUGUUGAAGCAAUAGAAGAUAUGGGUUUUGAUGCMRUUCUKUUGGAUAACAAUGUCAGCAAGGUGGACAAAGAUAUUCGUAUGGCUGUGAUUGGAGUAGAUGGAAUGACGUGUAUGUCRUGUGUAAAAUCAAUAGAAGGGAAUUUAUCAGAUGCUCCAGGAGUUUUGAAUAUYAAGGUAUCACUCGACCUUAAAAAGGCUGAUAUCAAAUAUGACCCUUCUUGUACCUCACCUGAGAAAUUAAGAGAUGCUAUUGAGGACAUGGGUUUUGAGGCAUCCAUUCCAGUUACUGAUAGUGAUUCCAAAGACAAUUUUGUGGCCAUGGCACAGAAGGAAACCAAUGGAGACUGGGGUGUGCGGUUCAGCAGUUCAACAAAUCUUGACCAGCCAUCAAAAAUGGAAGAUAUCGACAAAGUUUAUUUACACAUUGAAGGGAUGACUUGUGCAUCAUGUGUUGCUAGCAUUGAAAGGUCAUUAAUGAAGAAAAAUGGCAUCAAGUCUGUGCUGGUAGGACUGCUGGCACAAAAAGCAGAAGUUAAAUAUGAUAAAGAGAGAAUUAAUCCGAAUGAAAUAGUAUGUCAUGUGAAAGAAAUGGGAUUUGGAUGUUCACCAAUGGAUAAACAAGGACAAGGAGAGAAUACUGUUGAAAUUAUAAUAACUGGAAUGACAUGCUCAUCAUGUGUUCAUCUCAUCGAGUCAACUCUCAUCAAACGGCAAGGSAUCUUACAGGCUUCUGUUGCCCUAGCAACAAGCAGUGGUCGUUUUGUGUAUGAUACUGAGAUAACWGGACCAAGAGACAUCAUAGAAGCUAUUGAAGACCUUGGUUUUAGUGCAACCAUGUCAACUGAUGACCAAAAAAAGGACAAAAUUGAUCAUAGUAUUGCCAUUAAAAAGUGGAGAAGGUCAUUUCUAUUUUCACUCAUUUUUGGACUCCCUGUGUUUGCUAUUUUCCUGACUUAUCACGUGAUAUUCGAGGAGUUGGGUAAAAAGAAACCAAGGGUAUUUGUUGUACCGGGAUUAUCUCUUGAAAACCUUCUGAUGUUUAUUCUUUGCACACCUGUACAGUUCCUCGGUGGAAGACAUUUUUACGUCACUGCAUACAAAGCUCUAAAGCAUGGCACGACAAACAUGGAUGUUCUUAUUAUGCUGGCCACCACAAUAGCAUAUGUUUACUCGAUAAUYAUAGUCGCAGURGCAAUGUCCGAACAAAACCCACACAGCCCAAUGACAUUCUUUGACACUCCGCCGAUGUUGCUAGUGUUCAUCUCUCUUGGACGAUGGAUGGAAUACGUUGCCAAAGGRAAAACAUCGGAGGCGCUUGCAAAACUGCUUUCCCUUCAGCCAUCAGAUGCUGUGUUGGUUAAGCUUAAACCUUCUUCGGUUGUUGUGGUUGAGGAGAAAGUGAUUCAUGUCGAUCUUGUUCAAAGAGGAGAUAUUCUCAAGGUUGUUCCUGGAGCCAAGAUCCCAGUCGAUGGGCGAGUAAUUCACGGUUCAUCGAUGGCGGACGAGUCACUGAUCACWGGUGAAUCCAUGCCGGUCCCCAAGAAGAUCGGCGACUCUGUCAUCGGCGGUACUAUGAACCAAAAUGGCUCCAUAYUAAUCGAGGCAACCCAUGUUGGCCAGGAUACAACAUUAUCACAGAUUGUWAAACUAGUCCAGGAAGCACAGACUUCGAAGGCACCGAUCCAGAAGUUUGCUGACAAGCUSUCUGGAUACUUUGUACCUAUAGUAGUUUCUCUUUCUGUCUUAACGCUGAUUGUAUGGCUUAUCAUUGGAUAUGUUAAUAUUAACCUKUUGCAUAAGAAAUUUGACCCUGCAAAUGACAACAAGGAUGAGUUUAUCAUCGGUUUUGCCUUCCAAAUAUCCAUCACUGUCUUGGCUAUCGCUUGCCCGUGUGCUCUAGGACUAGCCACACCUACAGCRGUCAUGGUGGGUACAGGAAUCGGUGCUCAGAACGGAAUUCUAAUUAAGGGUGGUGAACCACUGGAAGUUGCUCACAAGGUCACGGCAGUAGUAUUUGACAAAACUGGAACUAUAACGCAUGGUACACCAGAAGUGGUCAAGACAGCUCUAUUUGUUGCACCAGAUGUUUGUAGUCUGGAUUUGCUUCUCGCAGUUGCCGGGACAGCAGAAAACAAUAGUGAACACCCCCUUGGUGUAGCUGUUACUAAAUACGCGAAAAAGGAGCUUGAUGUAGAAACACUAGGUCAUGUUAGUGAUUUCCAGGCAGUUCCUGGCUAUGGUCUUUCAUGUACUGUAUCUGAUAUCCACGGGCUUCUGAAUACGAGAAAAAAGAAUAUUAAGAAUGUGGAUGUUGUUAUUGAAGGGARGAUURUCGACAAUUUUCAGGACAUCAAUACCAACGAUGAAGAAACUAAGAGUGAUGAAGAAACGUCAGAUUCCUACCAAGUCCUUAUCGGCAAUCGUGAUUGGAUGCAGCAGAACAGUUUAUUUGUAACAGAUGACAUGGAGGACGCAAUGAGAUCACACGAAGAGAAGGGACAAACGGCUGUUCUUAUAGCUAUCAAUGGAAAUCUUGUGGCAAUGAUGGCAGUUGCUGACACUGUAAAGAACGAAGCGCAAGCCACCGUUGCAACUCUGAAGAGAAUGGGAAUUCGUGUGGUUUUACUUACCGGCGAUAACAAGAAGACAGCGAUGGCCAUCGCAAAGCAGGUCGGAAUACAGCAGGUUUUUGCAGAGGUUUURCCAUCCCACAAGGUAGAAAAGAUUCGAUCUCUACAAGAUCGUGACUUUACCGUUGCAAUGGUUGGAGACGGUAUCAACGAUUCACCAGCGCUGGCACAAGCUCAUGUUGGUAUUGCCAUAGGAACGGGGACUGACGUAGCGGUUGAAGCUGCAGACAUUGUACUUAUAAAGAAUGACCUAAUGGACGUUGCCGCUGCUAUCGACCUGUCGCGUGUCACUGUUCGACGCAUCCDAAUCAACUUUUUGUUCGCCUUAUUGUACAACAUGAUUGGUAUACCAUUAGCUGCGGGGAUCUUUGAACCACUUGGUGUGGUACUAAAACCAUGGAUGGCAAGUGCAGCCAUGGCUUUAUCGUCUGUGUCUGUCGUUAGCUCGUCAUUGUUUCUCAAACUCUAUAAGAAGCCAGAACCAGAAGAAGGCGAAAUGGGUAUACGACUGCCAUUCUCUAGCGGUUAUACGGCUAUUGCUACUAGUGAAUCCUCUGAAGGACUGCCRGAAAGAGGUACAGCAGGAAAGUACCGUCUUCGACAUACCAACGAGUUCAUAACUGAAGAUUUCUAGGUGAAAGCAGGAACUUUGAUCGUUUUUAUCACUGAGAACUAAGACACUGUCAGAAUCUCUUCAGUGACCAUAAAUAUCGCAACAUGAAACAUAUCAAGAUUGAAAGAAUAGUAUAACUACGAACUCUAUUUUUUUGGCCCAUCUCGCACGGAGAGUGGAAAAUUGAUUAAUAGCCUUCCUGAUCAAGUACAUUGUUCAGCAUUACCCAGUAAUGUUCGUCUUAGGUGAAAUUCUGAGCUAGCUUUGACAUGUUCUACUSACACGAAAAUUAUCUAUUAUCAUAAAACGAUAACAGUCUCGCCUUGCGGACACCCUGAUAUUACGUCCAACCCCAUUUUACGGACACUCCGUUUAUUACGGACAUCGAAAUAAAGAAACUCACUGAAAUAACCUCAUUGGCAGCGUUCACCCACUAUUACGGACACCUAAUCAUGUUUCGUUAUAACGAGUUGCAGUCUCUAUCCUAAAUAUUUUGUGGACGAGAUAUAUUAAGUUUUGAACAAAGGGUACCCACGUAAAAGGGGCCUAAAAACCUUGUUCUCUCCGUUGUAACUCGAAACACGGUGGGCAUGGAAUGCUAGCAAAUCAGAGAUAUUAWWUAGAUAUGUAUUUUCAGUAGAAAAUGAAUGUACGUUGCAUUUAAUAAUAUAUAGCUAWGCAGCUUGUAACAAAGUAAAUAGAUAAUAUUUUUAUUUUUGAAGCAAUAUCAUGAAAAAAUGAAGGGAAAUUAACAAAUAAAGACUUAAAUUUUGCA